CACGCCAACACUCCUCUUGAUACUUUCGAACUACCUUCGGCUCAUGCGGAUAUAUGACUCUCUAUUCUGUAAUAUCUCACAAGCUUCGCGUAAGAUUCCAAUAGAGAUGAUGGAGUCGGCACGGGUCAAAGCGGUCUUCCGCAUCGGUGACUUUCCAACGAUGGAGGAUAUAUCAGUCAAGACAUAUGCUAAGGGCGUUGCCGAUGUCAUCCAGAACCAUAUUCAGGAUCUGCAGCGUUGUCUAGGGCUCCCGGCCAGAUAUUGUCUCUCAGACAAGACAAGCUUCGCUUCCAAUGGAAUCUUCAGCAACAUCGAUAUAGCACCACUGCUUCAGGUUGUCAUGACACAAGAAGAUAUCAGGUCGCCGGGUGGAGGCCAAAGUCAUGUAGACUCAAUCAGAGG